AUGCUCCCCAAUGAGGCGAGAACGAGGCCCCUGCCGCCUCUGAAGCCGAGGCAUCAGCUCCAGCUGCGCGAGAUCGCGCCCAGCGAGGGCUCUGAGGUUCUUUCAUCAGAAAUGAAGGUUUCUGGUGUGAAGAGGAAGGCAGAUGCGAGUUCUGCAACUACUAAACCAACAAAACUACAAACUGCUGCCAGGGACUGGAGCUGUGCACUCUGUCAAGUGAGCGCAACCAGUGAGGCUGGUCUGAAUCAGCAUCUUGAAGGAAAAAAGCACAAGGCAAAGCUGGUUCAAUGUGAGCGAUCAAGGUGA